GUUGAACCGCUCCGAUUUAAGCUCCCGUUUGCAACAGACCGGUUGGCGACGGCAGCGAUGCAUUCCCCGCGCUUCUUCAGCUCCGUUCGAAAUCUCUCAAACAUCUCAUGGAAACCGACGGGGAAGCUUCAGCAGACCCUCGCCUCGGAGAUCUCCCGAUCGGGGACCGCACUCCACUCCGCUGCUUCUUCUACCGCGAAUCUCUUCCCAGCGAUGGCCGGGGAAGGGAGGUUCUUCGUAUGCGGAGGCGAUCGACGGUCGAGAAUCCCUGCGUCGAUCGAUUGUGUCAUGGAAGCAACUCUCUGUACGACGCUAGGUAGAGGCGACGGAGGAGAGAAGAUCCGGACUGUCGAACACCUGCUUUCGGCCCUGGAGGCUGCAGGCGUGGACAAUUGUGGAAUCGAGAUAGUUGGAGGAGACGAGGUUCCUUUGUUGGAUGGGUCAGCAAGAGAAUGGGUGGAGGCGAUAGAAAAUGCUGGUUUGUGUGUUGCGAAGGAUUAUAAUGGCAAUACCAUGGAUAAAUUGGCACCUUUUCUUGAUGAACCAAUGCAUGUGUGGAGGAAUGAUUCUUUUGUAGCUGCCUUCCCUUCUCCCAAGGUCCAGAUCACUUAUGGAAUAGACUUUCCACAGGUGCCUGCUAUUGGCCGCCAGUGGUUCUCUUGCUUUCCAAUGGACGAAUCUGCAUACACAAAGGAAAUUGCUUCUGCAAGAACAUUUGGCAUUUAUGAGGAGGUUGAGAAAUUGCGGAAGGCUGGACUCAUCCAAGGGGGUUCUAUGGAAAACGCCACCGUUUGCAGUGCCAAAUCAGGUUGGUUGAAUCCACCGCUUCGUUUCCAGGACGAACCUUGCCGCCACAAGGUUUUAGAUCUUAUUGGAGACCUUUCUAUUUUUGCACGGAACGGUUCUCAAGGGCUUCCAGUUGCACACAUAAUUGCUUAUAAGGCGGGCCAUUCGCUGCAUGCUGAAUUCGUGAGGCGUCUGUCAGGUUCUCAUUAAAGCGGUGAUGAUUCUGGGGGCUGCUCUAUGAUCAUGCCAAGAAGAACUGCUUUGAUCCUGUCUGAUCUCGGGUUUGAGCCCAUAGCUCCAUGGUAGACGGGGUGUUUUUCAACAUUGAGGUCUUGGGUUUGAGCCCAGCUUACCUAUUGAAAAAAGAAAAAGAAAAAAGAAGGUCAAGACUCUAUCACCCAUUUGGCCCUCUUGCAAAGAACAGGUAUGUUGUUGAGAAUAUACAGAUUUUGGUACGCUGCAGAUAGAGCUGACCUAUAUUUGCACCAUCUUCUUCCAGUGCUAUAUAUUGGUUCUGUCUGUAUCUGAAAUUGGGAAUUGAAGUGGACAAUGAAUCAUUGACAGGCCCAGUACUGAUGAUGGUGUUAGGAUGGCCGGUCUGGCUUCUGGACUGGGCCAUUCAUCAUUGGGCCUGAUCUGUAGGCAAUUUCAGGCUAGAAUAAUAAACAGGAUGCACCCUUUUGUAUUUUA